UUUUCAAGCUAUAGUAACGAGAAGAGUACUCACUAUUUGAAUUUCACAUGAAUAGAACUAAAAAACCGUUUCUCUCUCUCUCUGAAUUUCACAAUCUCUAUUCCGAAACCUUGAAAUUCCCAUUCUUCUUUCAAGAACCCUCAUUUUCCAAUCCAAUCUCCGUGCUCCCAUCUCCAAAUUCUCAAAAACCCAGCUCCAACCCUUCCCAUGCCCUUUGCAGGUCUGCAGGGCCGAUCCCGUACCUGAAAACGAUAAUGGCCGCUCUCUCUCUCCCUCCAUCCGUGGAGGAAAUGCUGCAGAGAAUCUGCCGAGAACGCUCGCUACCUCUGCCCGAACCUAUGGCUCUGGAAAAGCUCUGUUCGCUUGGACAAGGGCCGUCUUUAGAUAUUCUACAGGAGAUCUCGAGGGCUCGGGAGAUUCGCAAUUUGACUGCGUUUAUAAUCCACAUGGCGGGCAAGGCGUCGCAGACAGAACCUGCUAGAGAGAGUGUUUGCACUCCUGGCCCUCAGAAUUCUUUUUCGGGACAUCGACAAUAUAAGAAUGAACCUAGAUCAUCUCCAGUGAGUCCAAAAAAUCCCCGUGCAGAUGAAGCUAGCUCAUCUCUAGUGAGUCCCAAAAAGCCCUGGACACAGAUAAGGAGUCCCCAUCUACAGGCAUUGGGAGAACUUGAAUUCGACAAGGCCUUUUUGAUAUUAAGCUAUAUUGGGAAGAAGGAGUUAGAAGAUGUGUUAUCUCUAGAUUCUCUUGAAAGAUUAAAAAACUUGCCAAUGGCUAGGUUUGAGUCAGAGCUUUGGGAAGUUGUUGGCCGGAAAUGUUUGCCUGAAACAGACAGAAGAAAGAAUCUUGAUUGGGAUUCUAAGAAGGCACGUGUGUACCAAUGUCAUGUGGAUCAGGAUGGAAAGUUCACCUUCAAGGGCCCAUACCUGCAAAAUAAAAGAACUCACCUACAAAGGGUGUUAGGAGAUGACAACAUCCUAAAUGUCAGGUUUGCAGAUUUGGAUGAAAGCAGACAUGCUGCUCGUAAUGCUUUGUAUCAUUGUAUUGCAAAAGAAGGUAUUCUUGUGGGUUUGCGCCAUUAUCAUUUUUUUGUUUUCAAAGAUGGAGGCAAGGAGGAGAAGAAGAAAAAUCCAACUUCUUCACCUGUGAAGUGUUAUUUUGUUUGCACAGAGUCCAAUGCUACUUUGGAUGAGAGAAGGCGUAAUAUUUUGUUUGGUAAAUUGAUUCAAGAAGCACGGUGUUUGUUUAUGCAUGUACAUACAGUCCCUAACAUGGCUAAAUAUAUGGCGAGGUUUAAUCUGAUUUUGUCCAAGACGACUAAGGUAGAAAUAGAUUUUGGGUCUGUGGAUAUUAAACGUAUUGACGAUACACCUUGCUUGGUAAAAACAUUCACCUUUUGUCUGAUGUUAAUUUUUUUGGUUACUUCUAUUGUACUCCCUCCUUUAGAAGUUUGUAUAUUACCGAUCUAUCCUAUGAACUGCAAAAUAAUCAAUUACGCUUUGAAGGAUGAGGAAGGGAAGCCUGUGUAUAAAGAAGGUGGUGGACUUUCCAUACAUACGGAUGGAACUGGUUUUAUAUCUGAAGACUUGGCUAUGAAAUGUCAGAGGAAUGUACAUAAAGGAGAAUAUUUUAUUCGUGAAGAUCUUGAGAGAAUACUGGAUCAGGCUGAAGUUGUGGAGAAAUCUUCAACAUCAACACUACACAAAUCUGUCAUUGGGGAUCCUCCAUUACUUAUCCAGUUCAGGUUGUUCCACAAUGGUUGUGCUGUCAAGGGUACCUUGCUUCUCAAUAAAAAGCUUCCUCCGAACACUAUUCAGAUACGACCUUCAAUGAUAAAAGUAGAAACAGAUCCAAAGCUUUCAAAUGUCCAAUCUGUCAAUUCUCUGGAGAUCGUCUCUACAAGCAAUCGGCCAAGGAAAACGUACCUAAAUAAGACUUUAAUUUCACUACUCAACUAUGGAGGUGUCCCAAAAGAAUACUUUAUGGAUCUUCUGAGGAAUGCUUUGAAUAAUGCUCAAAAUGUUCGUUCCAAUAAGCACAUUGCAUUGAGAGUUGCAUUGAAUCACGGAGACCUGGAUGAUUUUCUUGCGUUGAGAAUGAUUCUCUGUGGAAUUCCUCUUGAUGAACCGUAUUUGAAAGCUCACUUGUCAGUGCUAAUGAGAGAAGAAUUGAAAAAUCUCAAGGAAGGAAGGCUUCAUGCCAGUGAGUGCUACUAUUUGAUGGGAACUGCAGAUCCGACUGGAAUGCUAAAAGCUGAUGAAGUUUGUGUGAUUCUAGACAAUGGGCAAAUCUCGGGAGAUAUAUUAGUAUACAAGGCUCCUGGACUACACUUUGGAGAUAUCCAUGUUGUCACUGCGACUUACAUCAGGGAUUUAGAGAAUUUUGUUGGAAAUUCUAAAUAUGCUAUUUUCUUUCCAACCAAAGGGCCACGAUCAUUGGCGGAUGAGAUGGCGAACAGUGAUUUUGAUGGGGACAUGUACUGGGUGUCAAGAAAUCCAGAGCUGUUGGAUCAUUUCAAAGCAAGCAAACCAUGGGAACCAGUUUCUUCCAAGAGUAAAGUGCAGCAGCGCAAGCCAUCAGAAUUUUCUGCUGAGGAAUUGGAACGUGAGCUUUUUCAACAAUUCUUGGUGAAUAGGUUUGAGCCAAGUUACGCUAAGGCCACAGCUGCAGAUAGCUGGAUGUCUUUUAUGGAUCGGCUGCUGACGUUAGGAGACGAAUGUGCUCAGGAAAAGGAUUGCUUGAAAGAAAAGAUGAUUGAGCUCAUCGACAUAUAUUAUGAUGCUCUAGAUGCUUCAAAAACUGGAUUGAAGGUAGAAGUUCCUAAGAUAUUGACGGCUGAAAAGUUCCCACAUUACAUGGAAAGGUGUAAUCCCUACAAUUCAAAGUCCAUCUUGGGAAUGAUUUAUGAUGAGGUGGAUUCAUUUAAAGAAGAAGACGAGCCAACAGAAGAAGUAUGGGAACUUCCUUGCUUCAGUGGAGAAAUUCCCAAUUCUUGCUUGAUGCAAUGGAAGGAACGUUACAGAGAGUACCGAACUGAGAUGACCUGUGCCAUGUCCAUGGUUGGUGAAUCAAAAGACUCUGCCGCGAACGAAAUUAUACAGAAAUAUAAGCGGAUAUUAUAUGGAGCUGCAGAGUUUGAAGAGAGCAGGAGGAACAGAGGAGAGAUCUUUAGUGAGGCUCUUGCUAUCUAUCGACUCAGUUAUGAUUAUGCGAAGAAAACCUCAAAGGUUAGAAGAUGCGGAUUUGCAUGGAAGGUUGCAGGCCGUGCUCUCUGUCAGCUGCAUGCCAUAAAACAGAAUGAAAGUUCGAUUCUCUGUCUUCCGUCUGUACUACGUGAGGUCUUGAAUAGGUCGUAAAAGGAGAGAUUAGUAGAUUUAUUAUGUAAAUAGGUCGAUAUGAGGUCAUGUUUGUAUUCAAGUACCUUGCAUAAUUUGUAGAUGCAUUACUUUGUAGCUGGCCCAAUUUGUUAAUGAGAUGUAAACAGGCCUGACAUGAAAUGGUCUUGUUUGAGAAUUCAGGUGAAAAUUCAAAUCCCCUCUGCCAAUAGCUCUGUUAGGUAUUUGCAAGUCA